UUAUUAUUACAAUUAAAAAAAAUUAUAUUAUAUGCAUUUUUGUUUUUUACUGCGUUUUUACAACCGCAGUUGGUAAGACUAAAGUGUUUUCCUACAAACGUUUGCACAAACCAAUAAACUGAACAGAUACAUACGAAUAUAUCUACCUGAACAACAUGUUUGGCGUCAAGUUUAUUUGCUUUGUCGUUAUGGUUGUUGCUGGGCGAACUAUGAGUAUACCACACAAGUAGUUGAAUUUACCAGCGCAACCUGCGAACCGGUUAGUCAUCGUUCGGCCUUUGUGAGUGCAGCAUGUUUGACGUCGAACUGAAAGAACUACUAGAAAGCUGGGGAGCCGGCCACUUGUUUCAGUACUUUACUGAGGAAGAAAUUACCCUAAAAAGGCUUAAUUUUAUAACCGAAGAUGACCUGACACAAAUAUUUCGUAAUUCGAAGUUAGGUGAAAAAAUUGAGUUUCGAUACCAUCUAACAGAGUGGAAAAAAAAAUUCGGUUUUGAAAAGCUUGUGACGUCAACACCAUCUGUGGCAGCAGAUUUAGAUGCCGAGGAUUUCGGCCAGGCACAGUCGAGCACAUCCUCAUAUACUUCGAAAAAUGUGUGGCAAAGCAACAAAGUCGUUAUGGACCUUGAUCUGAUUCUGGCUGAGCAUUAUACUGGACAUUAUGUGAAACGAGCAGUCAGCGAUGGAAAUCCCCUUAACGAUGCGACUAGAAGGAUAAUAAUUGAGGCAAUUGUUACAUACAUCAUAAAACACAAAAUAAAACCAUCCAGAUCGGACUUUGAAAAAAUUUCUUGCGAAAUAGAAGCACAAUUCAAUGAUGACAAGAAAAUCUACUAUAAUAACGUUGGUCCUCACGCAGCCGGAAGGCUUUAUGACAGGUACUACAAUACAAUAAAAAAGUUGAAAAAAUGUGGAAAAGUACUCGAUUCAUCUAGGAAUAAACUUGCAGGCAGCCAUGAAAUGACAUAUAUCAACGAAGAAGCUUAUGAAGCUCGAGAAUGGCUAAAAGUUAAUAGCGAGCCUUGGUCCGAAGUGUCUGAAAUGUGGCGUAAGUGUUACAAAAUGCGAAGAGAAGAAAUUCUUAAUGCAGGUGGGCAAGAAAGUGCAAUAUGUCACGUGUUAAACCAGUGGCCGCAGUACUCUAACUUCUUGGGAUACGGCCUGGUGGAGAUGGACUUUAAGUCAUUAUAUCCGGAAACUUCUUCUUUAAUUUUAAAGUGGCAGUCUUUCAGAGAGAAAAUCCUUCCCAUAUUGAAUGCCAAACUGACGGAUUCCGUACACUUAAAUUACUUGGAACAAAUUAAUGCUCAGGCUGAAGGCUCUGAUCAACUUCUUGCGCUUUUACUGCAUGUUCUGCUGCGUUCGCUCGGAAAACGAAAAAUUAGAGACAAAAAUUUCAUUAAAUCAAUUAAGGACUCGCAGCUUUCAUUUAUGGUUCAAGGUGUGACUCAUAGCGAUGUGGAAACUGAAAUUCAGCUGUUACGAACCACUCUUUACAAUCGCGGAGAGAGUAUGCACCCCAUUAUUGUUUCAGUGGGCUUGGAUUUCAGCUGUUCCAAGUUGUACAUGCUCUACAAUAACAUCAAGUAUGCACUGCCAAGUUUCCUCAGUGUAUUUGAUAUAUGCUUCAAAAUGUUUUACGUCCUACAACUUAAGUAUCCUUCGGAUUGCUCUGAGUUUUGGAUGUUCGUGCAAAAAUAUUUCUACGAAAUUAAUUUAGAGGACGACCUGGUGUCCCCCAGUAUAUUGUGUUUGAUAAGUGAUUUGAGGUAACAAAAAAAACAGGAACUAUUCAAAAAAAUAUACAAUAAUUUCUAAAACAGAUAUGAAAAAAAUAUAAAAAAAGUACUUUUA